GCGCUCAGUCCCCGGCAGCCGAGCACCCGUGCACUAGAAAUCUCUGCACCCCUGGCACCAAAUCUCGCCUUCUUACCCCCUCCGAAAGAAAGAUGGGCGACCCUGCCCCUGCGGACAAGAGGCUGCAAUUCCUGGAGGACUACGUGCUGAAAACACUCAAGCUAAAACCCGAUCGCUGGCAGAAAUGCGUCUCCGCGGAGGAGCACAGGCAGAUCCUGCAGGAGUUCCUGGACAAGGCUGAGCACCCGGUGCUGGUGGUAGCUUUGAACCCCGCGGGGCAGCUGGUGCCCGCGUUAGAAUUCCCCAACACCGGCAAAAGCAAAGCCGUCUUCUUUCUGAAACGGAGCGCUUCCUCUCUGAGCGCGGACUCCAUGAAGAGCAGCUUGAUCUACGGGGAUCUGUCCUACGCUCCGCUGGAUCACUUCUCUGCCCUGGUGGAGGAGGUAGUGUUGCCGAUUUUGUCCAACCAGAGGAACCAUCAGAACUGGCCUCAUGUAGUUUCCCAGGACGUCAUGCGUCACGUCGGCAAUUUAAAAAGUAACGUCUUCGUCACGGUGGGUCAAGUUCGAGGGAAGACGCUACUCCCGCUCCCAGCCGGCUCGGAGAAAGUGGAGUACGUGGAUUACGAAAGCGAGAAGAACAACGACCAUCUGGAUAAGACGAUCGUACACGCCAUCGAGUCUGCCAUCAUACAAUGGAGCCAUCAGGUACGGGGGGUGCUGAAGAAAGAAUCGUCGGAGCCGCUUCUCCAGGGAAAGAACCCGAUUCCCCACACGGAGCUGGAAUUCUGGAAGAACAGAUACGCCGACCUGGAAUGCAUUUACAACCAGCUGAGAACCAAGAAAGUCCGGAAGAUGGCCGAGCUCCUCGAGAGGGUCCAAAGCAGUUAUUUCCCUGCCUUUAAAGCCUUAUUCCGCGACGUGGUGGCAGCUUUGUCGGAAGCUCAAGACAUUAACUUACACCUGAAACCCCUUCAGCGGCAUUUAGAAGAAAUAGAAAGCGUGGAAUUUAACGAGGCGAAGCCUCUGGUGGCUCCUCUGCUUCACGUGUUGUGCUUAUUGUGGGCGCGUUCCAAAUAUUACAACACCCCGGCGCGGGUCAUCGUGCUGACGCAGGAGAUCUGUAACCUGUUCAUCCAGCAGGCUCGGAGCUACCUGAACCCUGAGGACCUCCUCAAAGGAGAGACUGAAGAAAGCCUUGGAAAAGUCCAGGAGGUCCUCGGCGUCCUGCGUUUCCUCGUGCAGACGUUUGAGGAGAAGCGGGAGAAGCUCCAGAGCUACUCUAAGGAUGGGCAGGAGGUGAAGCCCUGGGACUUCCCGUCCAUCAUGGUGUUCGCCCGGCUGGACUGCUUUACCAAGCGGCUCGAAGCCAUAGAGGACCUGUUGCUUACGGCUGUAGACAUGAUGAAGCUCGAGAAGAUCGAGUUCGGUGGGAUUAAGGGAAAGGCUUUGAGCCAGACGGUGUCCGGCAUGUACCAGGAAUUCCAGGACGUCUACAAAGUGUUCUCGGAGAGGACGUACGACUGCCUGGACACGAGCAACGCGGAGUUCGAGCAGGACGUGUCUGAGUUCAAACUGACCGUGCGGGACAUGGACCGGAGGCUGGGGACGGUCUUCUGCCUCGGAUUUGAUGACGCCUCUGGCCUAGAACAUGCCUUCAGGUUGGUGGAUAUGUUUGGGAGCCUCCUGGACAGACCCAUCAUCGCUGAAGACGUCUAUGAUAAAUAUCCGCGCCUGAUAACCAUGUUUGAUCAGGAACUGGAUGCUGCGAAGAUCAUCUUUGAUAGACACGUUCAGAACGAUGCGGAACACGCGUAUCCGCAAAUUAACAAGAACAUGCCGCUUGUGGCGGGCAACCUCAACUGGGCUCAGGAGCUUCGCGAGAGACUCCAGACACCUUUCAGUAACUUCCGGCAUGUGACGCACCCCUGCAUGGACUCCGCCGAGGGCAGACGCAUGAAGCAGAAAUAUGAGGAGAUGAUGGAUCUGUUGGACAAAUACACCGAGAGGAUGUAUCAGGAAUGGUGCCAGACGGUGUCGGAAAAGUCACAGUAUAACCUCAUGCGGCCGCUUAUUGUGCGCGAUGAGAGCUCCAGACUGAUCUCUGUCAACUUUGAGCCACAGCUCGUCUCCGUCCUCCGCGAGGUGAAGUAUCUUCAGAAUCUCCGCAUGGAGACCAUCCCCAAAGAAGCAGAAGAUAUAUUCACCGCGAAGGAAUCUUACCGGAAAUUCACUGCCAACCUCGAACUGAUGGCGAACUGGUACAACAAGAUCUUAAAAACCAUACUGGAGGUGGAGUAUCCCUUGGUGGAAGAGCAGCUCAAAGACAUCGACAUCCACUUAAAAAACGCAGAAGAGACCUUGAACUGGAAGGCACUUGGGGUUUGGGAAUACAUCCAGGAGGUCAGAGACAGCGUCCACGAUCUGGAACGGAGGGUCCAGAAAGCUCGAGACAACGUGGAUGAAAUCCAGGCCAUAACCAAGGCGUGGGUGUCUCCUAUCUUCGAGCGGAAAGAUGGUAAAAGAGACGCUCUCCUUAAUCUCGAUGACCGGAGCGAACGGCUGGAGAAGCGAUACAACGUAAUCAGAGAGUCGGGAACCAAAAUUCACACCCUGCUGAAGGAGAACUUGGCGCUCUUUUCUGCGGAUCCCGCGUCUGAUAUCUGGAAGGCGUACGUGGAUUAUGUUGAUGAAAUGGUUCUGGAUGGCUUCUUUAAUGCCAUUGAAUGUUCCUUGAAGUACCUGCUUGAUAACACAGACUCCAAGGCUGGCCUUUCUCCGCUGUUUGAAGUUGCUCUGGAUCUUGUAGUACCAGACAUGCUGUUCCGACCCUCUCUAGACCCAGGGGCAAGCGACGGUUUAUAUGACAUCAUUGAGGGGAUCAUCAAUGACAUCUACAGGAUAUCAUCCUUGGUGCCAAGACUCGCUGAGCACGGCACCUUCCCUCAUUAUCAGGCUGAUAUGGAAGAUAUGGCAGACCUGGCCGACAUGAGGAACUUCCUCAUGGAAUCCGUUCAGAACAUGAUGACCACGUGUUCAGAAUACCGUAACUCGUUUGAUCACUACUCAUACUUGUACGUGGAUGACAGAAAAGAGUUCAUGCGCCAGUUUCUGCUGUACGGCCACGUGCUGACCGCCGAGGAGAUAGAGGCUCACGCUGAGGACGGCGUCCCGGAGACCCCACCGACUCUGCAGCAAUUCAAGGAACAGAUCGACUCGUAUGAGAAGAUCUACGACGAGGUGAAUCGGAUGGAGCCAAUCAAUGUUUUUGACAGUUGGAUGAAGGUGGAUGCCCAGCCGUUCAAAUCUGCUCUGCUCAAUGUGAUUAAGAGAUGGAGUCUGAUGUUCAAGCAGCAUCUUAUCGAUCACGUCACAAACAGUUUGGCUGAUCUCGAAGAGUUUAUCAAGGUGGCUGAGCGAGGGUUGAGCAUGCAGCUGAAAGAAGGAGAUUAUAACGGUUUGGUGGAGAUAAUGGGCCACUUAAUGGCCGUCAAGGAGAGGCAGGCCAGCACGGACGAGUUGUUUGAACCCUUGAAGCAAACCAUCGAGCUGCUGAAGGUUUAUGAGCAGGAACUGCCCGACGAAGUCUACAAGCAGCUGGAGGAGCUGCCGGAGAAGUGGAAUAAUAUUAAGAAGAUGGCCAUUACAGUGAAGCAGCAGGUGGCCCCUCUGCAAGCCAACGAAGUCACGCUCCUGCGCAAGAACUGUGCUUCGUUCGACGUCGAGCAGCACAAUUUCCGAGAGAAGUUCCGCAAGGAAGCGCCUUUCAGGUUUGACAGCAGAUUCCCCUAUCAGAUGCUGGACGUCAAACACAACGAGAUCAAGCAAAUGGAAGCCAUGAUGGCCACGAUUUAUGAAUCUGCCGCGUUAUUUGAAGUCAACGUUCCCGAUUACAAACAGCUGAAACAAUGCAGAAAAGAGGUCUGUCUCCUUAAGGAGCUCUGGGACAUGAUUUCCCUCGUGACGUCGAGCAUGGACGACUGGCAGACCACGAAAUGGAGAGAGAUCAAUGUGGAAAACAUGGAUCUCGAGUGUAAGAGGUUCGCGAAGGAUAUCCGGAAUUUGGACAAAGAAAUGAGGGCUUGGGAUGCCUUCACUGGACUUGAUAACCAAGUGAAAAACAUCCUGACUUCUUUAAGAGCUGUGGCCGAGCUUCAAAACCCUGCCAUCCGAGAAAGGCAUUGGAGUCAGCUGAUGCAAGCGACCGGCGUCAGGUUCACAAUGGAUGAAGAGACCACCCUCGCAGAUCUUCUCAAACUCAGUCUCCAUAAUUUUGAAGAUGAGGUUCGUGGGAUUGUGGACAAAGCAGUAAAGGAAAUGGGCAUGGAAAAAGUGUUGAAAGAACUCAAUGCCACCUGGAGUGGUAUGAAUUUCCAAUACGAGGGCCACCCUCGUACCAAGGUGCCGCUGAUAAAAUCCGACGAAGAACUCAUUGAGACUCUGGAAGACAAUCAAGUCCAACUUCAGAACCUGAUGACCUCAAAGUACAUAGCCUUCUUCUUGGAAGAAGUGUCAGGAUGGCAAAAGAAACUGUCCACAGCCGACUCUGUCAUUUCCAUCUGGUUUGAAGUUCAGCGCACGUGGUCUCACCUGGAAAGCAUUUUCAUUGGUUCUGAUGAUAUUCGAUCCCAGCUUCCUGAGGACUCAAAACGCUUUGAAGGCAUCGACGGCGAUUUCAAAGAGCUGGCCAACGAUGCCAAUGGGACGCCCAAUGUGGUGGAAGCCACCAAUAAACCAGGACUGUACGAGAAGCUGGAAGAUAUCCAGGAACGGUUAUCAUUGUGUGAAAAAGCUCUAGCAGAAUACCUGGACACUAAAAGACUCGCGUUCCCCCGAUUUUACUUCAUAUCUGCUGCUGACCUGCUGGAUAUUCUUUCCAAUGGGACAAACCCCCAGCUUGUCAUGCGUCAUCUCUCCAAAUUAUUCGACAACAUGGCAAAGAUGAAGUUUGAAGGAGAUUCGAGUGAAGGCCAGUCCAAAAUGGGUCUUGGGAUGUACAGCAAGGAAGAUGAGUACGUCUCGUUCAACGAACCUUGUGACUGCAGCGGACAGGUGGAGACUUGGCUGAACCGCGUUCUGGACUCCAUGAGAGCCACGGUCAGACACGAAAUGACAGAAGCCGUCACAGCUUAUGAAGAGAAGCCCAGGGAGCAGUGGCUCUUUGACUAUCCUGCGCAGGUGGCUCUCACAUGCACGCAGAUCUGGUGGACCACAGAAGUUGGCAUCUCCUUUGCCCGGUUGGAGGAAGGCUACGAGAAUGCCAUGAAGGAGUAUUACAAGAAGCAGGUCAGCCAGCUGAACACGCUCAUCACCAUGCUGAUUGGCCAACUGUCCAAGGGCGACCGACAGAAAAUCAUGACCAUCUGCACCAUUGAUGUACACGCGCGAGAUGUGGUGUCCAAAAUGAUCACACAGAAGGUUGAUAACGCGCAGGCCUUUGUGUGGCUGUCACAGCUCAGGCACCGCUGGGACGAUGACAAGAAGCACUGCUUUGCCAACAUAUGCGAUGCUCAGUUCCUCUAUUCUUAUGAAUAUCUUGGCAACACGCCCCGGCUGGUUAUCACGCCUCUGACAGACAGGUGCUACAUCACCCUGACCCAGUCCCUGCACCUCACGAUGAGCGGCGCUCCUGCUGGGCCGGCUGGAACGGGAAAGACUGAAACCACCAAGGACUUGGGAAGAGCCCUCGGCAUCAUGGUCUACGUGUUCAACUGCUCGGAGCAGAUGGAUUACAAGUCCUGUGGAAAUAUCUACAAAGGCCUGUCUCAGACUGGAGCCUGGGGUUGUUUUGACGAAUUUAACAGAAUCUCCGUGGAAGUCUUGUCCGUGGUGGCUGUUCAGGUGAAAAGCAUACAAGACGCGAUAAGGGACAAAAAGAAAAGGUUCAAUUUCCUGGGGGAAGAAAUCAACCUCAUCCCGUCUGUCGGUAUCUUCAUCACAAUGAACCCGGGGUACGCCGGGCGGACAGAGCUCCCCGAAAACCUGAAGGCUUUAUUCAGACCCUGUGCUAUGGUGGUCCCGGACUUUGAGCUCAUUUGCGAAAUCAUGUUGGUGGCUGAAGGUUUCAUCGAAGCCAGACUUCUGGCGAGAAAGUUUAUCACCCUCUACCAGCUGUGCAAGGAACUGCUGUCCAAACAGGAUCAUUACGACUGGGGCUUGAGGGCUAUUAAAUCCGUGUUGGUUGUCGCCGGCUCGUUGAAGAGAGGAGACCCUGACCGUCCCGAGGACCAGGUCCUCAUGAGAGCCUUACGUGACUUCAACAUACCCAAAAUCGUGACGGAUGACAUGCCCGUCUUCAUGGGUCUCAUCGGGGACCUUUUCCCCGCUCUGGACGUCCCCAGGAAGAGGGACCUUGACUUUGAGAAGUAUGUGAAGCAAGCUGUUCUGGACCUCAAACUACAAGCAGAGGACAACUUUGUGUUAAAGGUUGUCCAGUUAGAGGAGCUGCUGGCUGUCCGCCACUCCGUCUUCAUUGUGGGAAAUGCCGGGACUGGAAAAUCUCAGGUCCUCAAGUCCUUGAACAAGACCUACCAGAUCAUGAAGAGGCGACCUGUGUGGACUGACCUGAACCCCAAAGCGGUCACUAACGACGAGCUGUUUGGGAUCAUUAAUCCAGCAACCAGAGAGUGGAAAGACGGGCUGUUUUCCUCAAUCAUGCGCGAGCUGGCCAACGUCACACAUGACGGACCCAAGUGGAUAGUCCUCGAUGGAGAUAUCGAUCCGAUGUGGAUAGAGUCCCUGAACACGGUCAUGGAUGAUAAUAAGGUUCUUACCCUGGCCAGUAAUGAACGUAUUCCGCUCAACCCAACCAUGAGGCUAGUGUUUGAGAUCAGUCACUUGAGAACGGCGACUCCGGCUACCGUAUCUAGAGCAGGUAUACUCUACAUCAACCCGGCCGAUCUAGGUUGGAACCCGCCGGUCACCAGCUGGAUCGACAGGAGGGAGAUCCAAUCAGAAAGAGCCAACUUGACCAUCCUGUUUGAUAAGUACCUGCCCUUAUGCUUGGACACCCUGCGAUCCAGAUUUAAGAAGAUCAUCCCAAUCCCAGAGCAAAGCAUGGUCCAGAUGCUGUGCCAUCUUCUGGAAUGUCUGCUGACCCCGGAGAACACCCCCCCAGACUGCCCAAAGGAGCUUUACGAACUGUACUUUGUGUUUGCCGCGGUGUGGGCGUUCGGCGGAGCCAUGUUUCAGGAUCAGCUUGUGGAUUACAGAGUAGAAUUCAGCAAGUGGUGGGUGACUGAAUUUAAGACCAUUAAGUUCCCGUCCCAGGGCACCGUGUUUGACUACUACAUCGACUCGGAGACCAAGAAGUUCGAGCCGUGGUCCAAACUCAUCCCUAAAUUUGAAUUCGAUGCCGAUAUGCCGCUUCAGGCGUGUUUGGUUCACACCACGGAAACAAUCCGGGUUCGUUACUUCAUGGAUAAAUUGCUGGAAAACCGCAGGCCCAUCAUGCUGGUUGGCAAUGCCGGCACCGGGAAGUCCGUGUUGGUGGGAGAUAAGUUGUCUUCUCUGGAUCCCGAUGAGUACAUGAUCAAGAACGUCCCGUUUAACUACUACACCACGUCUGCCAUGCUGCAAGCUAUACUGGAGAAGCCACUGGAGAAGAAAUCAGGCAGGAAUUACGGCCCUCCGGGCACCAAGAAGCUCAUCUACUUUAUCGACGACAUGAACAUGCCGGAGGUGGACACGUACGGCACGGUGCAGCCGCACACCCUGAUCCGGCAGCACAUGGAUUACGGCCACUGGUACGACCGAAACAAGUUGACGUUGAAGGAGAUAAUGAACGUCCAGUACGUGUCCUGUAUGAAUCCCACCGCCGGAAGCUUCACCAUCAACCCCCGUCUGCAGCGACACUUCAGCGUCUUUGCUCUCUCCUUCCCCGGCACCGAUGCCUUGGGUACGAUCUACAACACCAUCCUGACCCAGCAUCUGAAGCUGGGUAAUUUCCCUGCGCCCCUCCAGAAGGCAUCUCCUCAACUCAUCAACCUGGCGUUGUCCUUGCACCAAAAAGUGACCUCCACCUUCCUGCCGACGGCUAUCAAAUUCCACUACAUCUUUAACCUCAGGGACCUGUCCAACAUCUUCCAGGGGAUUCUGUUUUCGACCCCAGAGUGCCUGAAAACCCCACAAGACUUGGUGAAGCUCUACCUGCACGAGUCCAACCGCGUUUACCGGGACAAGAUGGUGGAGGAGAAGGAUUCCGAUACGUUUGAUAAAAUACAGACGGAAAUGGUGAAAAAGUUCUAUGAUGACAUCGAGGAGACCUUAGAACAGACCAGGACCAUGAACAUGUACUGCCAUUUUGCCAGCGGAGUCGGGGAACCCAAGUACAUGCCCGUCCAGUCCUGGGAGUCGUUGAAUAAAAUCCUGGUGGAGGCUUUGGACAACCACAACGAAGUGAACGCCGUGAUGAACCUGGUUCUGUUUGAAGACGCCAUGUGCCAUAUCUGCCGAAUUAACCGGAUCCUGGAGUCCCCGCGAGGGAACGCCCUGCUGGUCGGCGUGGGUGGCAGCGGUAAGCAGAGUCUGACCAGGCUCGCCGCUUACAUCAGCUCCUUGGAGGUUUUCCAGAUCACCCUGCGGAAAGGCUACGGGAUUCCGGAUCUCAAGGUUGACUUGGCCAAUCAGUACAUUAAAGCCGGCGUGAAGAACGUGGGCACCGUCUUCCUCAUGACCGACGCUCAAGUGGCUGAUGAAAAGUUCCUCGUUCUGGUCAACGACUUGUUGGCAUCGGGUGAAAUUCCGGACCUGUUUCCCGAUGAUGAAGUGGAGAAUAUCAUUGGAAGUGUCAGGAACGAGGUGAAGAGUCAGGGUCUGAUGGACACCAGGGAGAACUGCUGGAAAUUCUUCAUAGACCGAGUCAGGAGGCAGCUCAAGGUGGCCCUCUGUUUCUCGCCGGUUGGGAACAAACUCCGUGUCCGUAGCAGAAAGUUUCCUGCCGUGGUCAACUGUACGGCCAUCGACUGGUUCCACGAAUGGCCGCAGGAGGCUCUGGAGUCCGUCAGUCUUCGCUUCCUCCAGGAGACCGAGAACAUUGAGCCGUCAGUGAAGGAAUCCAUAAGUAAAUUCAUGGCUUUUGUCCACACGAGCGUCAACGAGAUGUCCAGAAGUUAUCUGAAUAACGAACGCCGGUACAACUACACCACCCCCAAAUCCUUCCUGGAGCAGAUCAAGCUCUACCAGAACCUGCUGCAGAAGAAAGGGAAGGAGCUUUCGGCCAAGAUGGAGCGUCUGGAGAACGGUCUGCAGAAACUGAACAGCACGUCUGCGCAGGUGGACGACCUGAAAGCCAAGCUGGCGGCGCAGGAGGUGGAGCUCAAACAGAAGAACGAGGACGCCGAUAAACUCAUCCAGGUGGUGGGGGUGGAAACGGAGAAGGUGAGCAAGGAAAAGGCGAUAGCCGACGAGGAGGAACAGAAGGUGGCGGUGAUCGCGGAGGAAGUGGGCAGAAAGCAGAAGGACUGCGAGGAAGACUUGGCAAAGGCAGAACCAGCGCUGGCCGCAGCCCAGGAGGCGUUGAACACGCUCAAUAAGAAUAAUCUGACAGAACUGAAAACGUUUGGAGCGCCCCCUACAGCAGUCGUCAAUGUGGUGGCAGCAGUCACGGUGCUCACAGCCCCCGGAGGUAAAAUCCCCAAGGACAGGAGCUGGAAGACGGCCAGGGGCAUCAUGAACAAAGUGGACGGCUUCCUGGAUUCUUUGGUGAACUUCGAUAAGGAGCAUAUCCACGAAAACUGCAUCAAGUCCAUCCAGCCGUACCUGCAGGACCCCGAAUUCAAGCCGGAAUUCAUUGCCUCCAAAUCGAACGCAGCGGCCGGCCUGUGCUCCUGGGUCAUCAAUAUCGUCAAGUUCUACGAAGUCUUCUGCGAGGUGGAGCCCAAGCGCCAGGCCCUGAGUAAAGCCAACGCGGAACUAGCGGCAGCCCAAGAGAAGCUGGCCAACAUCAAAGCCAAAAUCGCGCACCUGAACGAAAACCUCGCCAAACUGACGGCAAAGUUCGAGAAAGCCACUGCUGAUAAACUGAAGUGCCAACAGGAAGCUGAAGCCACUGCGCUAACCAUCUCCUUGGCCAACCGUUUGGUGGGUGGCCUGGCCUCUGAGAAUGUUAGAUGGGCCGAAGCCGUCCGAAACUUCAAGAUGCAGGAGAGCACGCUGUGCGGCGACGUCCUCCUCAUCACCGCCUUUGUUUCUUACCUGGGGUAUUUCACCAAGAAGUUCCGACAAGAACUUAUGGACAGAACCUGGAAACCGUACCUGGGCCAGCUGAAGGUCCCCAUUCCUGUGACGCCGUCUUUGGACCCCCUGACGAUGCUGACGGAUGAUGCUGAUGUGGCCACCUGGCAGAACGAAGGUCUCCCCGCCGACCGCAUGUCCACAGAGAAUGCCACCAUUCUGAGCAGCUGCGAGAGGUGGCCGCUCAUGGUUGAUCCUCAGUUGCAAGGGAUCAAGUGGAUCAAGAAUAGAUACGGAGAGGAUCUUCGAGUGGUCCGGAUUGGACAGAGGGGAUAUUUGGACACGCUGGAGAGAGCCCUUGGAGCCGGGGAAACCGUUUUGAUUGAAAACCUUGAAGAAAGCGUGGAUCCAGUCCUGGGGCCGCUGCUUGGUAGAGAGACCAUCAAGAAAGGAAGAUACAUCAAGAUUGGGGACAAGGAGUGCGAGUACAGCCCCGACUUCCGCCUCAUCCUGCACACCAAGCUGGCCAACCCUCACUACCAGCCCGAGAUGCAGGCCCAGUGCACCCUGAUAAACUUCACCGUGACCCGGGACGGUCUGGAGGACCAGCUACUGGCCGCCGUCGUGAGCAUGGAGAGGCCGGACCUGGAGGAGCUGAAGUCUAAUCUGACCAAGCAGCAGAACGGAUUCAAGAUUACACUGAAGACCUUGGAAGACAACCUGCUUUCUCGUCUUUCUUCAGCCUCUGGUAAUUUCCUGGGGGACACGGCCCUGGUGGAGAACCUAGAGAUCACCAAGAAAACCGCAGCGGAAAUUGAGGAGAAGGUCCAAGAAGCCAAAGUGACGGAAGCGAAGAUCAACGAAGCCAGGGAGCACUACCGCCUGGCAGCCGCCCGCGCCUCGCUGCUUUACUUCAUCAUGAACGACCUGAACAAGAUCCAUCCCAUGUAUCAGUUCUCUCUGAAGGCAUUCAGCGUGGUUUUCCAGCAAGCGGUUCAGAAGGCGCCAGCAGACGAGGUCCUGAAGCAGCGCGUGAUGAACCUAAUAGACAGCAUCACGUUUUCAGUGUUCCAGUACACCACCCGGGGCUUGUUUGAAUGCGACAAACUGACCUACACCGCGCAGUUGGCCUUCCAGAUCCUCCUGAUGAAUAAGGAGAUCCACGUGACGGAGCUGGAUUUCCUUCUGCGGUACCCGGCCCAGCCCGGCCUCACAAGCCCCGUGGAUUUUCUCUCCGGCCAGUCGUGGGGUGGCAUUAAGGCUCUGUCGUCCAUGGAUGAAUUCCGGAACCUCGAUCGGGACAUCGAAGGGUCGGCAAAGCGCUGGAAGAAGUUUGUGGAGUCCGAGUGCCCCGAGAAAGAAAAGUUUCCCCAGGAAUGGAAGAACAAGACGGCGCUGCAGAGGCUGUGCAUGAUGAGAGCCCUCCGGCCCGAUCGCAUGACCUACGCUGUUCGGGAUUUCGUGGAAGAGAAACUGGGCAGUAAAUACGUGGUGGGGAGGUCUUUAGAUUUCGGGACCUCGUUCGAGGAGUCAGGACCCUCCACGCCGAUGUUCUUCAUUUUGUCUCCCGGGGUGGACCCGCUGAAGGAUGUGGAGAAGCACGGAAGAAAGCUGGGAUUCACCUUUGACGAGGGCAAUCUUCACAACGUGUCGCUGGGACAGGGUCAGGAGAUCGUGGCCGAGCAAGCGCUGGAUCUGGCAGCCAAAGAAGGGCAUUGGGUCAUUCUGCAGAACAUACAUCUGGUGGCCAAGUGGCUCAGUACCCUGGAGAAGAAGCUGGAGCAUCACAGCGAAGGGAGUCACCCCAACUUCCGCGUCUUCAUCAGCGCCGAGCCGGCUGGGUCCCCGGACGGGCACAUUAUCCCGCAGGGCAUCCUGGAAAACUCCAUCAAGAUCACCAACGAGCCUCCGACUGGCAUGCAUGCCAAUUUACACAAAGCCCUGGACAACUUCAAUCAGGACACGCUGGAGAUGUGCGCCCGUGAGACGGAGUUUAAGAGCAUUCUGUUUGCCCUGUGCUACUUCCACGCCGUGGUGGCCGAGAGGAGAAAGUUUGGACCGCAGGGCUGGAACCGCUCGUACCCCUUUAACACCGGCGACCUGACCAUCUCCGUCAACGUGCUGUACAACUACCUGGAGGCCAACGCCAAGGUGCCGUACGACGACCUGCGCUAUCUGUUUGGGGAGAUCAUGUACGGCGGUCACAUUACGGACGAUUGGGACCGAAGGCUCUGCAGGACGUACCUGGAGGAGUUUAUCAAACCCGAGAUGCUGGAGGGGGAGCUGUUCCUGGCCCCGGGAUUCCCCCUUCCCGGAAACAUGGAUUACAACGGAUAUCACCAGUAUAUCGACGACGUUUUGCCGGCGGAAUCCCCGUACCUGUACGGCCUUCACCCCAAUGCGGAGAUCGGGUUCCUGACUCAGACGUCUGAGAAGCUUUUCAGGACGGUGCUGGAGAUGCAGCCGCGUGACAGCAGCAUGGGCGACGGCGGGGGCGCCACUCGGGAAGAAAAGGUGAAAUCCACGCUGGACGAGAUCCUGGAGAAGCUGCCGGAGGAAUUUAACAUCCCUGAACUCAUGUCCAAGGUGGAGGAGAGGACGCCGUACAUAGUGGUGGCCUUCCAGGAGUGCGAGAGGAUGAACGUCCUAACCAACGAGAUCAAACGGUCCCUCAAAGAGCUCGACUUGGGGUUGAAGGGUGAAUUGACGAUGACCAAUGACAUGGAGAGUUUACAGAAUGCCAUUUUCUUGGAUCAAGUUCCUGAGUCGUGGACUAAGAGAGCUUAUCCGUCUAUGGCUGGACUCGCCAGCUGGUUUGUGGACCUGUUGAGUCGUAUCAAGGAACUGGAGACGUGGACAGGAGAUUUUGCUUUGCCGUCGGCGGUUUGGCUGGCGGGGUUCUUUAACCCGCAGUCCUUCCUCACUGCCAUCAUGCAGUCCAUGGCCAGGAAGAAUGAGUGGCCUCUUGACAAGAUGACCCUGCAGUGUGAUGUGACAAAGAAGAAUCGGGAAGAUUUCAGCAGCCCACCGCGAGAAGGGGCGUACAUCCACGGCUUGUACAUGGAAACCGGCAUCAUCACAGACGCUCGGCUCAAAGACCUAACACCGGCCAUGCCCGUCAUCUUCAUCAAAGCCAUCCCUGUGGAUAAGCAGGACAGCCGGAACAUGUACGCCUGUCCCGUCUACAAAACGCGUCAGAGAGGACCCACCUACGUAUGGACGUUCAACCUCAAAACCAAGGAGACCCCAUCCAAAUGGGUCCUAGCCGGCCUCGCCCUACUUCUGCAGAUAUAAACGUCCAACGCCAAAGAGACAUCACCAGCAGAUUUCUGUCUGUUAUUUGCACAUCUUUACCAAUGGAGAAGAGAUACAGACAAAGGAAGAAGACAGCCAAUAAACAUUUAAAUGGCUACACGGAACAUCGCCAAAGGAAAAAGAUUCUCUCAAUAUCAUCCGCCACAUUAAUGGGGACCCUGGGCAGAGAUAACCAAUAUUUAUCUAUUCGCCCUGCGCUCUUAGGGUACAUCGAAUGUAUAUGAAUGCACUGAACACCUUGAGUAAAAUGGUGAUGUCAUAAUUAGCCAAUGUUUUAACUAUUGAAGCCAAAGGAAAUGCAUUUGUUGUUAUAUUUGCUAAUAAAUAACAUACUUU